GGGAAAUGAAGGCGGCCACGGGCAUUGUGGGAAAUCAUGGCGGCCGCCGUUCACUCCCGGGUCGUCCGGGCAUGGCCAAUGUCACGUCCCACCAUUGCUGCGGCAGCAACGUUCCCCGGGCCGCCCCGUCGCCAGCUGCACUAUGCGCUCAUACCUCAUGGGAAAGGCGGGCGCUCCUCUGUCAGCGGGAUUGUGGCCACUGUGUUUGGAGCAACAGGAUUUCUGGGCCGCUAUGUCGUCAACCAUCUCGGACGUAUGGGGUCACAGGUGAUCAUACCCUAUCGGUGUGACACGUAUGAUUAUAUGCACCUUCGUCCCAUGGGUGACCUGGGCCAGCUUAUCUUUCUGGAAUGGAAUGCGAGGGACAAAGAGUCUAUCCAGAGAGCAGUGGAGCGCAGCAACGUGGUCAUCAAUCUGGUCGGCAGGGACUGGGAAACCAGAAACUUUGAUUUUGAGGAUGUUUUUGUGAAGAUUCCUCAAGCAAUAGCUCAAAUUUCCAAAGCAGCUGGCGUUGAGAGGCUUGUCCACGUGUCCCAUCUCAAUGCUGACAUAAGGAGCACCUCGCGGUACUUGAGAAAUAAGGCUGUUGGAGACAAAGAGGUGAGAGAUGCAUUUCCGGAAGCCACGAUCGUAAAGCCCUCGGACAUGUUCGGAAGAGAGGACAGGUUCCUCAAUCAUUUUGCAAAUAUCCGUUGGUUUGGUGGUGUGCCUCUGGUUUCCUUGGGCAUGAAGACGGUGAAGCAGCCAGUCUAUGUUGCAGAUGUGUCCAAGGGGAUCAUUAAUGCCAUUAAAGACCCCGACGCCGUAGGGAAAACCUUUGCAUUCGCUGGGCCAAAUCGGUACCUGCUCUUUGACCUGGUGCGGUACAUCUUUGCCAUGGCCCACAGGCCCUUCAUCCCGUACCCUUUGCCACACUUCGCCUACCGGUUGGUGGCUAGACUCUUCGAAAUGAGCCCCUUUGAGCCCUGGACAUCGAGGGACAAAGUGGAGCGGAUACACAUCACAGACAUGAAACUGCCCCAUCUCCCCGGCUUGGAAGACCUGGGCAUUCAGGCUACGCCGCUGGAGCUUAAGGCCAUCGAGGUGCUGCGGCGUCAUCGCACGUACCGCUGGCUGUCCGCGGAGAUUGAGGAGACAAAGCCCGCCAAGACUGUGGACUUCUAGGCGCCACCUCGUCCCCACCCGUGGCCCCAGCAGCCCUGGCUCUUGCGUCAUUUGAGUCACCUGCCUUCUGCAGAGGGUCCUGUACAUAGCAAGCGAGAUCCUCUAUUAAAAUACUUGAGUCCAAA